CGCUGGCCUGGGCUAUGCCAGUGACCCUAAAAAUUUUCACGGUGGCUAUCUGCAUGAUCCAAAGUACAAUCCGAUACCAUCUUGACAUCCGACCCAUGCCCCAAUAGAGAUACCGUGCAACAUUCAACAUCGUUCGGUAUUCUAGCCCAUUUUUCUUUCGUUAAUUUCCUUGCAGCUUCAUGACCACCAACCACAAUAUGGCCAUGCCUGAACCUAUGACCAUCUCGGGUAACGCUUCAUCGGCCCCUGAGCUAUGGCAGAUGCUAGGGAGUCGAGACAAAUCCGCAAAGACCACCACACCUCAUGUUCAAAUCAGUGACGCUGAUCAAAUGAAGAGUAUCCUCAACAUUGAGUCAACCGAUGUAAUCCAGAUGACUCGAAAGCAUUUGCAGGUGGAAGAAAAUACCUGCAACCGAAACCUCGACGACGAUAGCCAGUCAUCCAGUGCAUACCACUCAACAUCCGCCUCAACACCACAAAGUCUGUCUCCGAAUCUGAGCGUAGUGCAGACAGAGGAAGAUGGCAUACCAGACAUCCACCUCGUAUUCGAAGCCGUGGAGCGAGCGUCAUUCGCACAGGAGAGAAUUCGGUUCUUGCAUGAGUACCUGACCGAUCCCACGACGUUCAAUGUCACCAUGUCAUAUGCUGUGGAAGGCCCCUUGCAGCCCACUGAGCUUGCUGCAGCCUUUAGAGCUAUGUCGAACAGACAUGAAUCGUUACGGACGGCCUUUUUCCUUGACACCAAAGACGGGGACCCACAACUGUUUCAGGGUGUGCUACCCGAAACACAUUGAUAUCAGCAUCCAUACCACUGAUGAUGCUCAUGUUGUCAAUGAAGUGUACGCUUCGAUCAAGGAACAUGUCUACGAUCUCACCCGAGGCCAAACAAUGAAGGUGG